AUGCAGUAAACAAAUAAAAAUAAUGAAGUUAAUAAAAGUAAAGAUCAAUCAUUUCUAAACUAAUCUAUGUUGAAUUCCAAAAAAUAAGAAAAUGAAAAUAAUAUAUCAAAACAGAAUGUGAGUUCGUAUUCUAGGAACAACUCAACUCGCUUUGCUUAGAAUUUAAACUCUAAAUCUGUUCAAGAAAACUCAUAAAAAUCUCAAUAUAAUCAACAUCAUAAUAACCAAAUUUAGUCUACUCUUAAAUAAUCUUUAAAUCCUAUAAAUUACUUAUAUUAAUUUUGGAAGGGUUAGCAUACGUUCCUUCUAUUUGGCCUUAUUUAGCUAGGCCCUCGUAUUCAUUUUGUGUGGAAUUUAGUUUUUUGGAUUUUUAUCAUUAUGAUGGGUGCUAUCCAUUUAACAUUCGUAAUUCCUUAUAUCAUGAAUGAUGUUUCUAUUGUGCUAGGACUAUUUUACAUCAUUAUAUUUAUCUUAAUGAUUAUACUCACAAUACUCACUUAGUUUUCAGAUCCAGGGUAUAUUCCGCGACGGAAAAUGAUUUAAACUAUCCCAAAAUUGCAUAACAGAAUUGACAAUAUUGAGGAUAUGAUUAACGAAAAAGCUUACAGGAUGAUUAUGGAUAUGGAAAACAAUGAUUAAAGCUAACUGUAAAAAUAAGGUAACUAAGAUUAAAGUUAAUUAAAAAUAAGUGGAUUAAAUAAUAGUAAGUUAGAGAGUUUUAUGGGAAAUUAACUUCAAAGUGCUAAGACAAAUAUGCAUUCAGAUCUUAUACUUUUUAAAAAAGCAGGUUCAAUAAAUCCUCAUAUGUACAAGCAUGGAAAUUUUAAUUUUAGUAAUAAUAAUAGCAUGAUUACUAGUAAAAAAAUUGAUCAAACUAUUAAAGACUCAAUAAAAUUAGAUUAGCAAUUGUAAAAAAAGCCAACUUAAAAUGAAAAAUAGCUUCAGUCUAGAUAAUAUAUAGAAAAUUCUAACCUUGAAAAUGUUAAUAAUGAGGACAAUCAAGCUUGUUAAAGCUAAUUUUACUAAUAAAUCAGCAAAAAUGCAGAAGCAUAGCUAAAGUAAUAUUAAAUUCAAUAAGUCUAAGAAAAUAAAGGAUAAAUAGAUAAUCAAGAAGCAUCUCUCUAAUUAGCACUAAUUAGAAUGAAAAAUCCGUUUGUACCUGUAGAAGAAGAAAGUAGCAUCAGUAGAAAAUCGAAUAGCAGAAGAGAUGAAUGGACUGAAAAUACACAAAAGAACACUACAGAGCUCUAUACUCAGGAGAUAAUAAAUGAUCAAAUUGAUUAAACAAAAAAAGAUAAUCAAACAAAAGAAGAAAAUGAUUAAUAGAAAACUAAAAAUGCUGAUUAAAAUCAGCAAAGUGACCAAAGAGAGAAAUUUCAUAUGCAUAUUUAAAUAGAAAAUGAAAAUGAGGAAGAAAAUAAAGAUUAAGAUGAUGAAAUUUAAAAGAGAAGGACAAUUUUUUCUUAUAUUGAUAGAAAAGCGAGCCGAUAACGAAUAAGUUAGUAAACUUAGCUUAAUACAGUUUCUAAAAUAGAUACCAUUCCAAAUGAUGCAAAUUUAGAAAGCUUUAAUGAAUAUAAACAGAUUUCUAAUUAUUAAGGAUAGAAUCUAUUACAAUCAGCUGUAUAAGAGUAAUAAACUUAAGAUAGAUAAAUUAGCACAAAUUCAGUAGUGGAGUCUGCAACUUCUAAUAAUAAAAUACCCAACUAAGCUUAAAAUAUUUCACAUCAGAUAAAGAAAUAAAAGAUUUCAUAAUCAAAUGUAGAUUUACAUGAUAAUAAAAACUUUUUGCAAGUAAGGAGUAGCGGACUUUUGCAGGAAACAAUGAUUUCUCCAAAAAUUGAUAUCGAUGGAAUUAUUUGUAACAAUUAACCUCCAGCAAAUUCUUAUGAUUAAGAACAAUGCGCUAAUUCAUAUUCUAUCGAUAUUAAUAGCAAAUAAAUAAAAAAUAAAAUAAAUAGCUCACUUGAUAUUAAGAAAUUAGCUGAAAUAAAUAUUAACAAACAAUAAAAUACUAACAGUGUAAGUAAAGUAGAUUAGUUGGAUGAUCAGGAAUUAAAUGUAAAUAAAAAAAUUUAAUUAAAUAAAAAUAAUGUAAAUUUAUAAGAUAAUAAAUAAAUUACUUUCUCGAAUAGCCAAACUAAAUAAGUAGAUCAUUAGAAUAGUUAAAAUAGUAAUUAAUUUGUAAAUCAAAAUUCAUAAGGCACUUCAUAUUUUAAGGAAAAUUAAUUAGGAAAUCAAAGCUAAUUUAUGUAACACAAUUAAAGUGAAAUCGCUCAAAACUAAAAAGAUAUUAUAAAUUUUAGAGAAAAUUAUAAUCAUAAACAAAAUAAUGAAUUUUAAAGCGUAAUUUCUGAAAAUAAUUUUCAGAAUGAAAAUCAGGCGCAGUAUCCAAAUUACUCUUAAAACUAAUAAGAAAAUAAAAUUUAAUUAGAACAUAUUUAAAAAGUUACUAAACCUAAUAUUUUCUUUAACCCUUAGAAGUGCAUCAAUAUAGGAACUAUUAACAUGAAUUCAAACUCGACAAAUACCUAACAAGAAAUAAAUUAGCAAAAUAAAAUUUAUGAAUCAAUAAUAGAAUAAAAUAAAGUCGAUUAUGAAGAUGAAAACCAAGUUGACUUCACAGAACCCUAGCAUGACCAAAAAACCAACAUCUUUUUACAACAAAAAAAUAAAGCUUAAAUUGUUAAUUGCUUUUAAUACAACAGUAAUAACGAUCCAACCUGUUAAGAAAAAGUCAAUUAAAUUACUAAUACACUAAACAACUCAGUUUAAAAUUAAAAAGAACAAGAUGCCCAUAAAUAAUUUAUGAUGCUUUCUAUUUAAAGCAACUCAGUAACACCUAAAAAUAAUUCUAAAAAUAUUAUAAAUAUAAACUAAAAUAGCUAAAAUAAUAUAAAUAACAACAUUAAUAUUUUCAUAGGAAACAAAUCUAGCAACUAGAAUAAUUAAGCAAUUAAGCUGAAUGAAAAAUUUAGCUACGAAAUGGCAAAAUAUGAAUAAAAUAUUAAAAGAUUAUCUGACUCAAUAAUGUAACAGAAUCCUUUAAAUGCAAGCAUAAUGAGAAACAAAAAUGAAACACUUUAAAAUAAAAAUUUUUUUGAUUUGCAUAAUUAAUCUUAUUAGAUAACUCCUUAAAAAAAACAAACAUAGAUAUUUAAUGGCAGGAAAUAUUGUGUUACAUGCAAAAUAUUCAGACCUCCAAGAUCAUCUCAUUGCACAUACUGCGACUGUUGUGUAGAAGUAUUUGAUCACCACUGUAAAUUUGUAAACAACUGUAUAGGAAAGCACAAUUACAAAUAUUUCUUUAGUUUUCUCUCUUUACUCAAUUUCACCUUUCUAUUGCAAUUAAUUUCUGAGAUCUUUUAUUUAAUCAAUAAAUCCUCUGACACAAAUAAACUAAACACCACUUAAUUAGUUUUUGGGAUAAUAUACAUUUUAAUUAUUUUUCUAUCAUGGCUUUAUGUCUUAUAUCUGUGGGGAUUUCAUAUCUUCAUUUAGUACAGAUAACUAACAACAAGAGAAUAACUUAGAGACCUUGAAUGUGAUAGAGACCCAAAAAACUACUUUACUUGGUGUUCAGCUAGAGGUCCUAUAUUUUAAGCAAGAAUGAUCGUUUCAGAUAAUUAGCGCUAUGAUCUGUUAGAAGAUUAUUGA